UCACGUCCCCCGUAUUUUUCUAUCUGAGAACGACUGGCACAAGAGCUGUCGCGUCUGAGCAGAGGCAGUGGUCUUAAGCGCCCACUUCAGCCAGGUAACGGGACCUAGCAUCGCUCGUUAGGAUAAACCCUGUUUUAGGCUCCAUUAAAGCAUAACUAGUUUAGUUAGCUUAUUUGCUAACUUACGUUGGUUGUUCAGCCUUUGCGGGAAAACUAUGGAUGACUCUGAAUCCCGCAAGAUGAGAGCAGAGAGGAGACGGCAGAACCAGGAUGACUCGCCCAGAUAUCAUCAGGGGCAGUAUAUUCCAGCUCUGGAGAACCCGGAGAGCGACAUGGGGAUCUGCGCCUGGUGUCUGAUGGGCUUCUCCAUCCUGCUGGUGCUCGCCACUCUGCCCAUCUCCAUCUGGAUGUGCAUAAAGAUUGUGAAGGAGUAUGAGAGGGCCAUUAUCUUUCGGCUUGGACGCAUCCUCAAGGGAGGCGCUAAAGGACCAGGUCUGUUCUUCAUCCUUCCCUGCACUGACAGCUUCAUCAAUGUGGACAUGCGCACCAUCACCUUCGACAUCCCUCCACAGGAAGUGCUGACUAAGGACUCAGUGACGGUGUGCGUGGACGGCGUGGUGUACUACCGCGUGCAGAACGCCACGCUGGCGGUGGCCAACAUCACCAACGCCGACGCCGCCACGCGCCUGCUGGCCCAGACCACCCUGCGCAACGUGCUGGGCACCAAGAACCUGGCCGAGAUCCUGUCGGACCGCGAGGAGAUCGCCCACAGCAUGCAGUCCACCCUGGAUGACGCCACAGAUGACUGGGGCAUUAAGGUGGAGCGGGUGGAGAUCAAGGAUGUGAAGCUUCCUCUGCAGCUUCAGAGAGCCAUGGCGGCUGAAGCAGAGGCGUCUCGCGAAGCUCGCGCUAAGGUGAUCGCGGCGGAGGGCGAGAUGAACGCCUCGCGGGCGCUGAAGGAGGCGUCCAUGGUGAUCGCGGAGUCGCCGUCCGCCCUGCAGCUGCGCUACCUGCAGACGCUCAACACCAUCGCCGCCGAGAAGAACUCCACCAUCAUCUUCCCGCUGCCCAUCGACAUGAUCCAGGGCUUCCUGAAGCAGUGAGCCGCGAAACCGCGAGCCGCGGGAGCACCACCUGCCCGCGGCCCGCGGCCCGGAGGCGGGGCUUCGCGGGGCCUGGCGGGGCCCCGGCCGCCGACGCGGGAUCGGCGGGAGCGCGCCUCCUGUGUUUCGAAAGCAUGCUCUGGGUAGUUACGGAAGCGUUUGUUUUUUCGGUUGGUUUGAGGUGUCUCGCUUACAUUUUAUUUGGAGGCUUUGAAAGCGCCGUUUGUUUCGUCAUAUGAAUCUGCUGAUCGGCACUGAGCGUGUGUGUGAGCAUGUGUGUGUGAGCUUGUGUGUGCGUGCGUGUGUGUGUGAGCAUGUGUGUGAGCAUGAGUGUGUGCAUGAGUGUGUGUGUGAGCGUGUGUGUGUGCGUGCCUGCGUGUGUGAGCAAGGGUUUUCAAGUGUCUGGUAAUGAACGGCUUUGACCAGCCCUUUGUUAAAUUCAAACAGAGAUGAGCGGAUUGUGUGUAGAAGAGCAAUCUAACAGUCGGAUUGACCUGACAAAGCCUUAAGCCAUUGCCAUUCUGUUAACAUUUGUUACAUUUCAUUUACAAUUAAUCAUAAAUUGGUAUGCUAUGCUUUUAAAGCUUUUCUGUGACGAGAACAGAUUUUUUACGGUAAUGUUUCAUUUACAGUAGGUUCAUGAACUUAAUUAUAUGAAACCGGACUGCUCUAUAUUAACCCAGUUGGAGAUUACUGGCAGGUAUGAACCCUGUUAUCAAAACUUUAAACAAAUGUAUGACUACUAUGCAUUUUACUUAUAAGCCUCAGCUAUCAGCAUCAUCAGUCUAUCAUGGGUGCCAUACCAAAGAUUUCCAUUUUUUUAAAAAUGGAUAAAUUCAUGUUAUGGUUGGCUGUUGUCUUCAACUCAUGAAAUAUUAACCAUACUAAACUAUACUGUCGUUACUAAACGCCUAUUAACGUUGCUGUAAGCCAUUAUAUACAUAAUGCUUAUCCAUAGCUGUAAUUUUCACCUUUUUCUGAUGUUCUGAGUACUGUUAGACAUGUUUGUAACUUUCCAAACUGAAAACUCAGUAAUGUGCUACUUCUACUGUUUUUUUUCAGCUUCAGAAAAUGUUCAAUUUAUUAUCAAUUAAAAAGUACGUGUGAGA